UCUAUUUUCCCAAAAACCAUUUCCUUUUAUGAGAAAAGGGAAAAAAGAAGGGGUGAAAGUCCGAACGGAAAAACUUGGCAUGAUACGACGACGUUCUAUAUUUGUAUCCUACAGAAGAUGAUAGACACGUGGUAAAAGGUGAUUGACUCACAACGAGAAACUGUAGGACAAGUAGCCGUAGGGAAAGAGCAGAUAGUCGCGGGACGCUGGCGAUAGUUCUCUCCACAUUUUCCUCCAUUUUCAAAGCUUCACUUUCUCAGCAGAAAGAAAAAAAGUUACCUCAAAUCUUCUCUAAAGCAUAAGGAAAAACAAUUAUCUCCAUCAAUUAGAAGUAGAAGAAAAUGGGAACAUUGGGCAAAGCAAUCUACACCGUUGGAUUCUGGAUACGAGAAACCGGCCAAGGCCUCGAUCGCCUUGGUUGCCGCCUCCAAGGCAACUAUUACUUCCAAGAACAACUGUCGAGGCAUCGGACGUUGAUGAAUAUAUUCGAUAAAGCUCCUGUUGUCGAUAGAGAUGCCUUUGUGGCACCUAGUGCUUCUAUCAUCGGCGAUGUUCAGCUCGGACGAGGGUCAUCUAUCUGGUAUGGAUGUGUUUUGAGAGGUGAUGUCAAUAGCAUCAGUAUUGGGUCUGGAACAAAUAUCCAAGAUAAUUCCCUUGUUCAUGUUGCAAAAUCUAACUUAAAUGGGAAGGUUUUACCAACUAUUAUUGGAAAUAGUGUUACUGUGGGUCAUAGUGCUGUGUUACAUGGAUGCACUGUUGAGGAUGAAGCAUUUGUUGGUAUGGGGGCUACCCUAUUAGAUGGAGUUUAUGUUGAGAAGCAUGCCAUGGUUGCUGCCGGAGCUCUUGUGAGGCAGAACACUAGGAUCCCUUGCGGAGAGGUUUGGGGAGGUAGCCCAGCCAAGUUCCUGAGGAAGCUAACAGAAGAAGAGAUGGCCUUCAUUUCCCAGUCAGCCCUAAAUUAUUCCAAUUUGGCACAAGUUCAUGCAGCAGAAAAUGCAAAGAGCUUUGAUGAAAUUGAGUUUGAGAAGUUGCUUCGCAAGAAAUUUGCUCGCCGUGAUGAGGAAUAUGAUUCAAUGCUCGGGGUUGUUCGUGAGACACCUCCUGAGCUUAUCCUUCCUGAUAAUAUUAUGCCUGAUAAAGUGGCAAAAACUGCUUAGGAGUUGAAAAUUCCUUUCUACCUUAGUUUUCUUGAGAUUCAAUGUCACUGGAUACUUUGUCAUCUUCGGAUUAUUUACGGAGAAUGGCUGCUUCUCAGUUCCAAUAAUUUUGGGGAGCCUGGCUGAAGUGUUAAAAUUGAAUCAUAAGUUCACACUCAGGUAUAUGGCUGAGCAUAUCGUCUUUAGAUUUAGAAGUUGAACUUCAUUUUGCAAACACAUCUGGAUGUGCAAGCCAUCCAAGGUGGUCUUGUGUAGUUGUAAUUGAGCUUAAUUGCUUUGCUGUUUACCGGAAUAAAAAAAAGUGCAAGCAAUUGUUUCAAAGUUUGCUGCAAGUUGGCACUGUAUCUUGAUUCCUUUAAAGUUUUGAACUUUCGUUUCUUUCCAUCAUAAGAAAGAAGAGAAAAAUCCAAUUUCUAGUGCCCCACUGUCAAAAGCCUUAAAUUUUACAAGUAUUUGUUUGCUCUCGACUAAAGUUAACAACUUGAUUUUAAGAAAAUAUUAGACUUUAUGGCUAUCUGAUUAGUGGGCUAAAACUAAACAUGUCUACGGUGAAGUAAAUUUUUGUGAAAGGCCGGCGCUACCAUUCGGCUUGAAAAGACAGAAUAAGGGCCCUGAGUCCUGACUUGUAAUAAUGCUGUGAUUGUCUCUAGAGUCUAGCCUAUUCUCAUUAGUUGGGCUUGUGUAGAAAAUUACCAGAGGCAUUGUCCAGAGUUUCAAAAACCCAUGUCUGAAAAAGCAUUCUUUUGGGUAGCUUUGAGGUAACGAAAUAGAAAAAUGAAAAUUUGUUUCCCCAAGCUUAGUAAUGAGCUGAAGAAAAAGGAUUGUAAAUCCAUCACUGGUCCAUCUAGAAUUGUUUGUUAAACUAAAAAGGCUACUCAAAACGAAAAUGGAUGGCCAACUCUUGCUUAGCUGAACUCUUAACAUCUAAGAAGCAAAACAUGUUUUUAGUGUCAAUCCAUUAUCCAACCAACAAAACCUAUUAUUUGAUCCCUGAUUCCAACGCAGAAUUAAACUAAUAGGAACCAUUAUAUAACAGUCUGUCUUUGGUCGUUGUUGUUGGCUUCUUUUCUUUUUCCUUUUUCUCUAAACAAACCAGCUAAAUUAUGGCCAAACUUGUAGUUCUUUCAAAACCUAACUUAUGGCGAAACUUGUACGGCUCAGCAACUCCCAUUUUGUUUUUUAACCAAGCAAUUCUCACUUUAUCAACAUGGGAUUUCUAUAGUAUUUCCAUUUUUGUUAUAAUAUAGUCUCACUCUACUCUUCUUCCAAAUCAAUCUUGAUUCUUCAAUUAGUCAUAUUUG